UGUUCAUUUUACUUCCAUUCCGUUUUGUUAAGUUUGAUUUCCUUCAGUUGGAAUUGGGUGUAAUUCGCGUACGGCUGAAACUUAAAGGAUUGUACUGGACAAAUAAAAGAGUUUCGGAAAAAUCACCCAUAUGUUUGUUCAUGUGUGCAUAUAUAUAUAUGUACAUGCGUAGAGAAUUUUGCAAGCAAAAGUUUUAAUUGAUUUUAAAAGGGAAAAUAUACCUGUCAAAGCUACCAAGUUUCUAUUAAAUGAACACUUAGAACAAAUUUUCGGUUUUGUUAUUUAUUUACAUAAGAUAUGUUGCCUUCAUAACCUUGUCAUCAACUUGUGUACCGUUUUUAUUGCUUUCAAAAAGAUAUGAGAUUGCAACUGACCCUAAUAACAGUGAAUAGUUAAAAAAAACACUAAAAACGGCAUGUAAAAAAAAAGCAUGCACUGUAAACGGAAAUUAGAAAUAUGUAUUCUUAAAGUGAAAGCAAACCUAAGACUAUGUUUCGUUUUUUUGUAUAAACUUUUGGAUACCAAUUAAACAGUUCCCUUAAAACUUGUAAGGAAUGGACUCGUUGAAUGAAAUAUUAGAUCGUCAAAUAUAUGAUGAGCGACUGAUGAACAAUCCCACUGAGUUUAUCACGGUUGGGAAUAAUUCGGAAUCACAAUCUCAGUCUCCACUAAUUCCUGCAGAGAAUGGUUCCAACCACGGCGAGUCACACCUAAUGCAAAAUUUGAUUGCCUCCCCAGCAAAGAAUAUUUUAAAUGACGGUAGAAAAGGUUCAGGGUGCGGAUCUAGGCGGGAUUCUGUUGAUAUGGUCAUUGUUGAUUUGGGCCAACAAAAUGAACAGGCAGUUUAUCCGACUGGUUCGCGACACAAUCCAAGAAGGUUGGUAUUGCCUUUGGGACUACUACCUGGAGGUCAUGAGCAAGAGUGCAAUGCUCGCAUAGCUAGCAGCCCAAUAGAUUUUGCUGCAUCAGAUAUAAGCUUAGAUUCGCUGACAGUGGAAACUAUAUCAAAUGCUGUACUGCCUCAAAUGAAGCAGGAAACCAAGCUUAAUAUAAUAAAUACUAGAGGGCAGGCGCGGACAAACAGCUUCAGUCAUACUGAAGUAGAUUCAACUAUCGUUAAUAUGAGUCUUGGUGUUGAAAUCGAUGAAAUGGAGGACUUGUCUUCUGAAGGAGGAAGAAGCGAUGAUGACGAGGUUACCCUUAAUCAACACCACCAACAACUUCUGCAACAACAACCCCAUUGUCCGCAAAGACUUCACUCGCACCAUCAACCUCAUGAUGAAACACUUAAUGGACAGCUUCAAAGAUCAACUCAACUGGAUUUGGCACUAGGUGGUGUGCAUGGUGAGGUUCUAUCGGUUAUUGUUCAGGCGCAAGAGCGUGAAAAAGAUUUACAUGAAGAAAGUCAAAGAGACGUUAAUGACGAUGCGGAUGCCGAUGCGGAGGAAGAAGAUGAAGAUGAUGAACGUGUACAGUUACUAAGCCCUGUCUUAGACCACAGCUCGUAUCAGACACUUACCUCGGUCAAUGAUCGUUUAUCUCCACCUGAGUUUAGCCCAACUUCAUAUGCUACAUUAACUCCUAUUCAACCCCUACCUCCUAUAUCAACAAUGUCUGAAAAAUUCGCAUAUUCUGGUCAUAUUUCUGGAGGAGAUGAAGACGCCAAUAGUAGAAGAGGUGGAGGAGGAGUACCCAAUGGAACGGAAACUAGAAAUUUAUCUGGUGAUAAUGUAUGCAUUAGUGGCAAUGGCAACACUUCUGGGUGUGCCAAUAAUGACUGCAAUUCUGUCCCUGUCCUUUCCAUUCCUUUAGGCAAUAAUCAUCUUGCUCUAAGUGUAUUAAGUGAAGCUCAAUCACCAUUUUCUUCUUAUGAAAAGUUAUCCUCCAUGAUUUCUCCACCGUCCCAUACUUAUUCUACUUCACCUUCGAGUGGCCUCUCUGGGAUGGUCGUUUCCUGUGACUUGCAGGCUCACAAUGCUCCGGGACUUCCACUUAAUGAAAAUGGCAACAAGAAGAACUUAUCGACGCAUUUGCAAGGACUCGGUCAUGAAGAUGGCCAUGUUAUUGGGCAUGGUCAUUUAAAUCAACAAAAGCAAAAUCAUGAACAAUGUCAUGGACUUCAACUACUGCCAGUUACAUUACCAAAACAAGUUGUUUGCCUUUCACCAACUAGAGUUAUUGGCGAAAAUUUAUUAGUAAGUCAUUAUGAAACGCCUUACAGCGGAAGCCACCAUGACCAUGAGCUGGUGCUGGGAACAACUUCCUCCACUAGCUCUACAGUUGGAUUACAACACAGCCCCACACUGAGUCCACACUCUGUCUCAGGGGGAUCCGUAUUGUCAAUGCCAUUACAUUCACCUACAUCGGUUGUUAAUCUUCCCAACGUUAAUAAUUCAAUGUCAAGUUUAUCGGUAGUUGUAUCCCUAACUCCAACACCACCACCACCUACAGAAUUACAUAAAGUAAGCCGACGAACAUCGUCUUCUCAAAAGCCACAGUAUUUUUUAUCGAAAACUCAAGAAGUCAAUGCAUCAACAGAACAGUCAAGUUCAAAUAAUAUUAUAUCUUCAAACUUAAGUAGUGCCAGCCAUCAAACCAAUUCGAAUCUCUCAAAUGGCUUUCAAGGAGCUCAAACACAGAUAAAAACUAGUGCUUCUAGUUCUCCGAAGCAUAUUUCUGCGGCUAGUGGAGGAACUAGCCGCACAUCCGUUUGCAAUGACUUGGAAGAGAUCAAUACAAAAGAAUUGGCCCAGCGCAUAUCUGCUGAGCUUAAGAGAUAUAGUAUACCACAAGCAAUUUUUGCGCAACGUGUCCUAUGUCGCUCACAAGGUACCCUCUCAGAUCUUCUUCGUAACCCAAAGCCAUGGUCCAAGCUGAAAUCUGGCCGAGAAACGUUCCGCAGAAUGCAUAAAUGGCUACAAGAACCAGAAUUUCAGCGCAUGUCAGCACUCCGGAUGGCCGCCGCUCAAAUUCCCCAACGUGCACAGUUGGUUGUGGGAACAUCAUUAUGUAGUACUUCUGGAUCAACAGCAUUGUCCCCAAGUUCUACAGUGACAAUGACCGUGAUGGAUUCAAAUCUUGCUUCCACAAUUUCUCCAAACGUUUCAGAUCUACUAGACGGAUCAACUGCAUCAAAUGCCCCUGGCUGUAAUUUCCCCAUCACUAGCGCAAAUUGUCGGCGAAAGGAAGAGCCGCAAAUCGAGCACAUAACGCAACCAAAAAAGCCACGCUUAGUUUUUACAGAUCUCCAGCGACGAACUUUACAAGCAAUUUUUAAAGAGACCAAAAGACCAUCAAAGGAAAUGCAAGUCACUAUAGCACGUCAACUAGGUUUAGAGCCAACUACCGUAGGAAAUUUCUUUAUGAAUGCCCGUAGAAGAUCGAUGGAUAAAUGGCGGGAUGAUGACAUAAAAAAUCAAACUCAUUUAAUUCAAAACCGUCAACAAGAGCGUGAUGGACAGGAUGAAGACAGAAUUCACAGCCUUAGUCAAACACAAUGCCUGACCACAAGCAAUAAUCACUCAUUAAGCAACAGCUUAACACAAGAUAGUUAUGCACAUCUUCAUCCAACAGCGUUGUCGCCUCUUGAAACCUUUAAUGAUGAGGCUGAUAUGGAGUUGGAAUUGGAAAGCCACGAUUUUGAUUUAGAAGAGAACCAUGGAAAUAGCACUGAACAUCAAAAUGAAAUGUUGUGACAACAUAAAUCCGGUGCACGUCUAUUAGGUAAUAAAAGAGAAAAUUUGCAACCAUCGAUCGACCGAAGCUAUAUCCGUGCUAACAAUAUCAUAUGUACCCAGUCACGUACGCACACUAAACUCAAUAGGAAUUUGGUGAGGGUGAAACGAAGAGCAACGGAAUUGGAUAUUCAGCGAUUUAAAAAGAUUACAGCUAUGGAUAAAGCUUUAAAGAAAGAAGAAAAAGGUUCAGCUUUCUUGGCUGGAAACGGCCAAGAUUCCAAUGACAAUAUACUGUGGACACCCAGCUAUUGCCACGAUAUACAAGAAGAAGACAGCCAUAUCUGUAUUGAUGAUAUGAUUAACCCUAUCUGCAUGGACGAUAUGAAGGUUAAGCUCUAGACUUUAAAUCCUUCAGAGAUUGGUUUUAUGUGUCCUUCACAGUGUAAGUAUGUAGAUAAAUUCUAUCAUGUAAAUGGAUUUAGAAAAUGUGUACAAAAAACCACUUUGCAUCUAGUCAAAUUUUGUAAAAUAAGGCUAUUUUUACUAUAUAAUUGAUGCUAAAUUAUUUUAACUUUAAACAAUCAGAAAUGUUAAUCAGUCAAGGAAAAUAGUACCAAAAUAUAAAAAAAAAUAUAUAUGUAAAAUAAAAUAAAUUAAAUAUUCAAGCCUGUAAAUUUAUGACGGGCACCAAAAAUUAACACAUAUUUUUAUUUUUAAAUACUCAAUUGCUUUAUACAUAUAUGCUACGUUUCUGUGCUUAAAAAAUAUUUAUGAAAAAUACUUUUGUCGAUGUAAGCUAGUCAAUUUAAAAUAAAUUCAAUUUUGAAUGAUGAAAAAAAUAGGAAAGGAUGGCCAAAUCAUUAGAAACGUUCUUUACGCAGGCAAGUAAGCAAAAAUUGCAAUAUUAAAUUAAAGGCAAACAUAACUAUGUAUGUAAGUAGCAAUGUAUCUAUCAAUUGCCUUAUAUGUACUAAAAAAAUUAAUAAAAUAUAGUAUUAAAAUUAUGUUUCUCAUUUUACAAACUAUUUUGUUUAGAUGUUUUUAUACUCUUGCAGGGUAUGUAAUUUUUGUCCAGAGAAAAUUUAAAACACUGA